AUGGUGCCCUUCAACGUGCUAUUCAUAGACUCCUACGACUCAUUCACCUUCAAUGUGGUUAGACUGAUAGAGAAGCAGCUGGUUAAUGGCGAUGAGCCGGUACAUGUGACGACGAUUCGUAACGAUACUUUCACUGAUAUGAAGCAAUUGGCGGCCGAGGUGGGCUAUUUUGACUGUGUGAUCGUCGGCCCCGGCCCUGGGAACCCUGUCAAUGGUUUUGGCGACGUUGGGAUCGUUUCCUGUCUGUUUUCCGGGGACGAAUUGAUCGAGGUCCCGGUCCUGGGGAUCUGCCUGGGGUUUCAGGCGAUGUGCCACUCGCAGGGCUCUUCCAUAGACGAGCUGAAGACCAUCAAGCACGGACAAGUUUAUCCGAUUGAGCUCCUGUCCGAGACGCGCACUGGGAUAUUCGACGGGUAUCCCGCUGCGUUCAAGUCCGUGAGAUAUCAUUCGCUGCAUGUAUCCAAGGCAUCGCCUGCAGUGAUCCCAUUGGCGACCACCGAUGACGAGAAUGGCUCGCUGCUGAUGGCUGCGCAGAUUAAACAGAGGCCGUGGUAUGGCGUUCAAUACCAUCCGGAAUCCUGCUGUUCAGAGCUGGGCGACAGACUGAUCAAGAACUUCUUAGAACUAGCACACGCUGAGAACCUGCGGACUGGCCGUUACCAGCGGAAGAAGGAGCUUUAUAUGAAGGAUGCGGUCCAGUUUAGCCGGAAACUGGCGGAGCUAGAUGGCACGAUUGAUCACAGCAGCAUAUUCAGAAAGUUCAAGCCUGCCGAGAAGAAGGAGGUCUCCAUUCGCAAAUACAACGCAAGUAAGGUGCCCGAACUGACCCUGAAGCUGUCCGAUAGCAUUCCAGACGCAAAGUUUAUUAUGGCUUCGUCCAAGGUGGCCGACCACCGCGGCGAAUGGUCGAUCAUUGCGUUACCAAAUGAGCGCUCGGUCGUGCUUACACACUACUCGCAGGUGAACAGGACAACCGUCCACAGGUGGAGAGAUCCCAAAGUAACCCAGGAACUGAUUAACAGCGCUUUGAGAGGGGAGAAUAACGAGGCAGAUUUUCCGGAGUCGUUCCAAGUCCUGCGCGAAGACAAAUCUCACUUCUGGAUAACCAUGGGGGAGUUCAUGACCGACAAGCUCGUGUCGAACCACAAGGAGAUACCAUUCAUCGGUGGUCUGGUGGGCACGCUGGGCUACGAAAUGGGCUACUACGUUUACAACACAGUUCCUGCAGAUGAAAGAUUGAUUCCCGACGCUAAGCUUGUAUAUAUAGAGAACUGCAUUGUGAUCGACCACACGAGCGGCCAGCUCUACUGUAUCUCACUCUGCGACCAGUUCCCGACGCAGAUUACGCAAAUGCUCGACGAGUGCGAGUGGCUCAACGACGACCAGCAGUGCCGAGACCUGCCCUGGAGCGACCAGCUGCCCUCCGACGUGUCCUUCGACAUACAGAUGCCCAACAAGGACGACUACGCUGCCGCAUUCCGCCGCAGCCAGGAAUACAUGCACAGGGGCGACUCGUACGAGCUCUGUCUCACCACGCAGACCAACGUUGUACCCAGCAGGCGCAUCGCACCCUGGCGGGUAUUCCAGACGCUCGUCCGACGCAACCCGGCGCCCUUCUCGAGCUUCUUCGAGUUCAGCGACGUGCUCGGCAGCGACAGCACGCUGUGCCUGCUCAGCACCUCGCCCGAGCGCUUCCUGAAGUGGGACGCCGACACCUGCGAGCUGCGGCCCAUCAAGGGCACUGUCAAGAAGACCGCGGACAUGACCCGCGACAAGGCGCUCGCGAUCCUGCGCACCCCGAAGGAGUUCGGCGAGAACCUCAUGAUCCUCGAUCUGAUCCGCAACGACCUCUUCGAGCUGCUCCCGAACGUCGCCGUCCGCGAGUUCAUGGCCGUCGAGGAGUACCACACCGUGUACCAGCUCGUCAGCGUCGUCGCCGCCCGCGGCCUCGCGAGCCCACUACUUCCCUACACGGGUCUCGACGUGCUCCGCCACUCGCUGCCCCCGGGCUCCAUGACGGGCGCCCCCAAGAAGAGCUCUGUCGAGCUGCUGCAGCUCCACCUCGAGCCUGCGCUCUCGCCGGCUCUCGCCGGAUCCCGCGGCCUCUACAGCGGCGUCACCGGCUACUGGUCCGCCAACGGCAACGGCGACUGGUCCGUCAACAUCAGGUGCAUCCACUCCUACAACGGCGGCGCCUGCUGGCACAUCGGUGCCGGCGGCGCCCUCACUGUGCUCAGCUCGCUCGACGGCGAGCUCCAAGAGAUGUACACAAAACUACAAAGCGCUCUGCAAGUGUUCCUCUAG